AUGACUUUUUCCGAGGACGAGGACGAGACUCUCGCUCAAUUUCUGGAAUCAGAGGUUCUGUCAGAGGUCUCGGACAAGGAAGAGGAAACUGGGGAGGAACCCAAAGCAAAGAGAAAGCGCGCAGAGGAGGAGGAUGAUGAGAGUACUAAAGAAAAACAAAGCUCUGAGUCAUCGCCUGUACAGACGAACAUUGUUGUCAGUAAUACAGUGGUGCCGAGAAGGAUCGAGACUGGUUGUUUCAGCAAAGUUCCACCCGAGCUUUUCCAUAAUAUUCUUAAAUUUCUGUCUUCUGAGGACCUUGUUUCCUGUUCCUUAGUCUGUAGGUUUCUAAGCUGUGCUGCAUCAGAUGAGGCUUUGUGGCGUCGCCUGUACUGUAUGCGGUGGGGCCUUCUUCCCCCUACUCGGAAGUUAAGGGAAUGCCCAUGGAAAAAGUUAUACAUUCAGCGGGAUGGAGAGGACAUGGUUGAACUUGUUAGGAACUGCCAAAAUGAGUUUAAGGAGUACUACAUUCAAAUGCAAGCAGCUAAGCGAAGUCAAGCUCCUCUUCCUUCACAGUUGAAGGACGAUAGGAUAAUUCUUGACAAAACAUUGGCUGAUCAAGUGGAAUCAUGGAAAAGCAGCAGGGGCCUAAGUGAUGCAGUGGUGGCUGAUCAUACUUGUUCUGGGGAAACAUGCUCUUACUACCAAAUUGGAGAUGUAUUUAUUUGUGAGAAUACUGGACAAGUUCAUGUUUGUGACGAUACAUGUAGAGAAGUAAUUAUGGAUCCCACAAACGAGCUUUUGGUCUGUACAAUAUCAGGGCACUGUUUUGAUAGAUUAUUGUCACCUUCCGAAAUGGAGCCUGAUGCUGAGCAGCAGCAAGGUGGUGUGACUGAUGAGGCAGAACCCUUUAUGGGAUCUGGCCGUUUUGCACGAGCUUAUUUGCUGGGAUACAAUUGUGCUGAUGAAAAGGAGCUUGAAGCUACUUUGAGGUUUUGCUGA